CCUCUCACCGCCGUCUAUCGCGAGCCACCUGAGGUCAGCGAGCUCCGGGCAACAGCAGCCGAACAGCACCACGCCGGUGAAGUCGAACAGCAAGCCCCGUCCCUCGUCCUUCUCCAUCGGCGAACCCAGCCUCAGUUCACGACGAGCGGCGGCGGUAUUUUUUCGGCGAGCUCGCCGUCGCUGGCAGUAGCAGACCAAUCAAACAUGUCUCGUAUAUGUGUGAAAAACCUGCCAAAGUAUGUUGCAGAGGAUCGCCUCAGAGAAUUCUUCUCUGAGAAAGGAGAGGUUACCGAUGCCAAGCUUAUGCGCACAAAGGAGGGGAAGAGCAGGCAAUUUGGGUUUGUGGGAUUUAGGACGGAGCAUGAAGCCGAGGAAGCCAUAAAGUACUUCAACAGGACUUACAUGGACACUUUCAGAAUUACUUGUGAGGUUGCUCGUAAAGUUGGAGAUCCUGCCAUUCCUCGCCCUUGGAGUCGACACUCACUAAAUAAAAAGGAGACUUCUUCUAAAGCAGAGAAGGGAGUAACUGGUUCAACAGUUUCCAAGGGGAAAAGUAAGGAGAGGAAGAAGGAUGAUGAGAAUAAUGAUCCUCAACUUGAAGAGUUUCUACAAGUUAUGGAGCAUCGUAGCAAGUCAAAAAUGUGGGCCAAUGAUACACUUGCUGCUCCAUCUCUUGUGCAAGGCAAAUCAGCAUCAAAUGAGAAAUUCGCGAGGGCAAAGAGACGUGAGGAGAACUCAGAUGGAGAGGUUGGCAAUCUUGAUGAGUUUAAGGGAGAAGGAAAUGUUUUACCAGAGAAACAAGAGGCAGAUAAACCAAACAUUCUGGUUCAUGAUGAGACUGAAGACGAUGGCUCUAGAGAAGAUGGGAAUAAUGGCCCCCCUGAUGCUAUGGCAAGUUCUGGAAACGAGAAUGAUGUAGUUCUGGAAUCUGGACGUCUCUUCAUUCGCAAUCUUCCCUACUCUGCCACUGAGGAGGACCUAGAAGACCUCUUCAGCAAAUACGGAACCAUUUCUCAGGUCCAUAUUGUCGUUGAUAGAGAGACUAGGCGCUCCAAAGGGAUUGCCUAUGUUCUCUUUGCUGUCCCAGAAUGUGCUGCUAGGGCUUUAGAAGAGAUAGAUAGUUCGAUUUUUCAGGGAAGGUUAUUGCAUGUAAUGCCUGCUAAACAAAAAAGGCUACCUGAUAUGCCAGAGACCAAUAUUUCAUCAAAAACGUUUAAGCAACAGAGAGAUGCAGAAAGAAAGGCAUCAGAAGCAACUGGAAAUACACGAUCGUGGAAUACUUUAUUUAUGCGCCCUGAUACUGUUGUAGAAAAUAUUGCACGAAAAUUUGGUGUCAGUAAAAGUGAGCUACUAGAUAGAGAAUCUGAUGACCUUGCUGUGAGAAUUGCAUUGGGGGAGACUCAAGUGAUUGCUGAGACAAAAAAAGCUCUGGCCAGUGCUGGCGUUAAUGUCUCCUCAUUAGAGGAGUUUGCCACUGGUAAAACUGAUGGUCUGAAAAGAAGCAACCAUGUUAUAUUAGUGAAGAAUUUGCCGUACGGUUCAUCUGAAGGUGAAUUAUCAGAUAUGUUCGGGAAAUUUGGCGGCUUGGACAAAAUCAUUUUGCCUCCUACUAAAACCCUUGCUGUGGUUAUAUUUCUGGAACCUGCUGAAGCUCGUGCAGCUUUCAGAGGUCUAUCAUACAAGCGGUACAAGGAUGCUCCGCUGUAUUUGGAAUGGGCACCUGGUAAUAUUCUGAGUCAAACUUUAACUGUCGGUAACAAUGAAGUUGUUGGUGAACUUGAUGUCAAGAGAGCUUUCCUAGAUCAGCAAGUUGAGGAUAUAACAGAUGCAGAUGUUGACCCUGAUAGAAUUGAGUCACGUUCGUUAUAUGUCAAGAAUCUGAACUUCAGAACAUCUGAUGAAAGUGUGAAAAUGCAUUUUACUGAGCACAUGAAGGGAGGAAAACUUCUAAGUGUCAGGGUGAAGAAGCAUAUGAAAAAUGGCAAAAGUGUUUCAAUGGGAUUUGGUUUUGUAGAGUUUGAUAGUGUUGAUACUGCAGUGAAUGUGUGCAAGGACCUGCAGGGAACUGUUCUUGAUGGGCACGCCCUCAUAUUGCAACGUUGUCAUGCUAAAAAGGAUGAAGUUUUGCCUAAGAAAUUUGAAAAUGACAGGAGUUCAACCAAAUUGAUAGUUAGGAACGUAGCAUUUGAAGCAACAGAAAAGGAUCUGAGGCAAUUGUUCAGUCCAUUUGGUCAGAUAAAGAGUUUAAGGUUGCCGAUGAAGUUUGGCAACCACAGAGGUUUUGCAUUCGUAGAAUAUGUCACCAAGCAAGAAGCCCGGAAUGCCUUGGAAGCUCUUUCAAACACCCAUCUCUAUGGCCGUCACUUGGUUUUGGAGAGAGCCAAAGAAGGUGACAGCUUAGAGGAGUUAAGAGCAAGAACAGCAGCCCAGUUCUCGGACUCACCCAAGUUAUCCAACAAGCGAAAGCAUUUGGCUGUAUUGGAUGAAGGAAAUGUCAAGUUUCAACGAAUUGCAGAUUAAAAUUCUGGUUUUCAUCUGAUGAAUCUUGAAUAUAUUCGUUUUUGGAAAGCUCAUACUUAAAGACUUUGAGUUGUGAAUUUUAUAUUUGUAACGAGGAUCCAAACAACCCAUGGGACAUGAUAAAUUAUGGUUAGGUACUGCAGGUUUUAUCACGGUGCAGAUCCCGGCACGAUUAAGACAAGGAGUGUGCGUGGUUACCUUAUAAUCUAUCUAUCUAUAUCUAUUCUAUAUCUAUAUCUAUCUAUAUCUAUCCUAUAUCUAUAUUCUAUUAUAAAAGUGCCAAUGAAUCUGUAAAAAUAUAAUAUCUCGGAAAUAACAUUAAUUUGUCUUUGUAAUGUCAAAUUUGUAAUUUAAUACCCA